ACUUUUCCAAACACAGGAGACGCGAUAAAUUUGGGAAGAAGUCGGACUGCGUGUAAUUUUGACCAUCUUUUGGACUGGACCGACCAAUGUGGCUUCUUGGAUCACCCUCCCAAGUCAUGAUGAUGGAUGAGCGCAUGUCUCCCUCCGCACGCUCCGUCCAGAGCCCCGGGAACAACCCGUCCACAGUCCACAGCAUAGAGGCGAUCCUGGGGUUUAAAGAGGACACCAUCUUCCAUAAAUCAGCCUCCUACAGCAUGACGGAAAAAGUUCUGGUCAAAGAUGCUGAGCGCAACGGGAAUGUAAUUGUGACUCCAAUGAAGAAAAGUCAUUACUCUGAAAGUUUUGACAGUGUGUGUUGCGCCAGCAGCACCGCUGAAGCCUCGGUUUGCCCGGACUCCCCGGACAGAGACGGCAAACUGUCCGACGACGAAAACCCAAAGAAGAAACACCGUCGGAACCGAACCACGUUCACCACCUUCCAGCUCCACGAACUGGAACGAGCUUUCGAGAAGUCCCAUUACCCGGACGUGUACAGCAGGGAGGAGCUGGCGCUGAAAGUCAACCUGCCGGAGGUCCGAGUGCAGGUGUGGUUUCAAAACCGACGGGCCAAGUGGCGUCGGCAGGAGAAGCUGGAGGUGAGUUCCAUCAAGCUCCAGGACACCUCUUCUCUGCUCUCCUUCAGCCGUUCUCCCACCAGCUCUCUGCAGCUGGACCCCUGGCUCUCCACUCCGAUCACCACCUCCACCUCCCUGCAGUCCCUCCCGGGCUUCAUCAGUGGCUCGCAGGGCCUCCCAGGCACUUACACCCCUUCUCCUCCCCCAUCCAUGCCAUCUUCCUUGCCGGCCUCCUUCCUCAACUCCCCAGCCCUGGGACACAGCCCUCACCUACCCCACAUCGGCUCCAUGUGCCCCCCACCCCCGGCAUACCAGUGCUCUGCAGAUCCAAGGAACUCCAGUAUUGCCUCACUGAGGAUGAAGGCUAAGGAACACAUUCAGUCUAUUGGGAAGACGUGGUGAUCUCUGAGUGGAGGUCAAACAGACAUCAAGAACCAGAAUGCAUCUGUUGCAUCUUUUUGAAAAACUGACUUCAUCCUCUUGAGGAUGGGAUUGCAUUAUUUUGGAAGUUUUAAAAAGGUGACAAGUGCAGUUGACAUCUAGGACUAGAGACAUCCUCAUCACUUGGACGUGACCUUCUGAAAAGCUUUGACACUAACUGUGAAACUACUGUAAAAUACAGAACUACUGAUGAGUCAUAGUUUUCUUGUGUUUUUCCUCUUCUCUUUAAUCUUUUCUGCAAACUUUGACUGUAAAGAUUUAUGUUCAUUCAGACCAGUGUUACGUUGCCAAUAUAACAAAGACAGACCCAAUUUCUACCCAUCAGUAUGUAUUUAUUCCACUGUUGUAAAUGGAGUACUCCUCAUUUUGA